AUGGACAGAAAUAUGAUAGACUCUGAGGCUUUCGAGCCUCUUGACUUGACAUCCUUUGAACAGGGGUCUCUUGACUCCAGCUACUCCUUUGCGGGGCUGACUAUGAGCACGCGAGUUAGUAAAGAUCCCGAACCCUCAGAAAGAACCAAUCAAACUGUCGUGGGAAUUGGAGUCGAGCAAUUCUUUGAAUUUUGUUUCGAUUCCGGAGUCAGGGUCUAUCCAGAAAACAAGUUCGCAAAGGGUCGGUUUCUCGGUUCCGGUGCUACGAUGGCCGUAUAUGAAGGCACCUGGAAGGAGACGGGAAGCCCAGUAGCCCUCAAAUACUUCAAAAAUGCACUGUGGGCUAGUGAGAACAUGAAGCAGUCCUCCACGCAUGAGCAUCGACGUUUGUUAGAAGCCUGUAUGCUUGAACUGCGGGUUUUAUCAGAUACCCGUGCGAGAAAUCAUGAAAAUAUUCUCACCCUCCAGGCCGUUUCGUGGACUAUGCAAGACGGUGUAAUCUACCCGAUCCUCAUCACAGAAUUGGCAUGCAAGAAACAUCCUACUCUAGCAAGCCUAAUCAAAGAUCUGUCGCCUUCACUUGAUGUUCGGUACGAACUAAUUCGGGAUAUUGUUGAGGGGCUGCUACUCAUUCACGACCUGGGAGUGGUAUACGGAGACAUCAAGCCAGAAAAUAUUCUGAUCUUUUCGUCACAAUCGCCUACAUCACGUCCAAUUGCGAAGCUAUCCGACUUCGGAUUUUGUCAGGCGACCAAUACUUCUCAGCUUGAGGCUGGGGGGACGCCGUAUUGGAAUGCCCCUGAAUGCUUGUAUGAUGCACCAGCGGACCUUAAAAAGUUUGCAUUCACAACUAGCCGGGAUGUUUAUACACUGGGGCUGUUGAUGGCUUAUAUAUUAACGGGGGAAAAGCCAUUUGGCGCACUCAGCAAGGAGGGUAUCAUGGAAAUGAAGCUGAGAAAUCAAGUGUUCAGAAUGAUAUCCUCAAAAAUCAAGAACAUAAGGCGCACUCCGGGACCAAAGACCACUUCGUUGGCCCAGGAUCUGCUGGACAUCGUUCCACAGACAACUGUGGUAAGUCCAGAGAACAGACCUUCCCUGCGGGCAAUCCUUGGGUCUUUACUCCCGCACACCGAGGAGAGGGACUCGCUCCGAGAAGUCGACAGUAAAUGGCGCAUCAAGGGAUCCAUUCUCACAUUUCGAUUUUCGAGGCUGGCAUCGAAUAAAGGCAGCUGGGAUCUCGAAUCACAGCUUGAUGUGUCGACGCCACCCGAGUUGCGACAGCAGCUUUAUGAGCAUGCGUUGAAUGUGGCCAACCAUGGGGGUCCGGUGGACCGAGUCAAAGCCAUGGAUCGCCUGGGGAUGUUCUUCCUCAACGCCUUUGGAACCCCUAAAAGUCUUCAGAAUGCCUUCACAUGGUUCUGCCGAGCCGCAAAUGAUGGGUCCGUAAGAGGAAUGGAGAUGGUUUUCAGGAUCGAGAAAGCGACAAAGCACACCCCUUUGUCAUUGGCUGCAAGCAUAACGACGGACACCCGGGUGAAGUGGGUGAUGGCCUGUCUGCUGGGCUCUUUUACGUCUUCUUAUAAUCCUCGACUCUGUCCAGAGUGUGUAGAUAUCAAUGAUAUCGACUCGCGUGUGACUGAAGUCCUGAAAUCCGCUGACCCAACUAUGCUCUUGGAUGCAUUGCAGGACGACAUCGAAACAAAUAUCAUAGCUUUGCGCACCAUUCACAACAAGAAGUCAAUUGUUGCGGACAAAACGCUACAACAUGCUCAAAAGCUCUCGCAAGGCUCUCCCCACAUCCAGUCUAUCCUAGAUGCCGUCUGUGACGAUAACGAAAAGGCCCUGGAUCGUCUACUCCUGCAGAAGAGACCUCUGCCGUUAGGCUUUCUCGACCUUUUAGUGACAGUCUCGGCGGAUAGAGAUCGCCGGAGUGUUUUGAGAAGUCUGAUUUUGAACCACGGAGCGAAUCCCGACACGAUCGAAAAAUUGAGUGGACGACAAACCACCAGUCUAGAGGAUGCCAUAAUGCGUGAUGACUAUUGCAUGGCUGUAACAUUGAUAGACUGUGGUGCAGAUACAAGCCAUUUGUUGGGACAAUGGAUUAUGGACUUCGUCCUCCAAAGGGGUACUCCUACUAUGAUGCGACUUGUUCUGGGACUCUUCCUCUCUGUCGAUAUCAAAUCUGAAAAUGGGAGUUCUUGGCGCACCUCCAGUAUCUGCCACCAAUUCCUCGACGGGAUCUCCGCUGCACUGCCUGUGAUGUAUAAUCAACUGGCUGUGAUGUACGAUCAGACAGAAACUCCUCCAGAUUCUAAUCAACUACCAGCGUUGUUCCACGCAAUCGCCUUUAACUUCUUGGACCAGCUGCAGGUGCUGCUUAUAAACGGAGCUGACCCUAAUAUUCGGUUGCAAGGAAUCACUCCCAUUCACCUUGCCGUACGGCUGCUACGCCCCACAGCCGUACUUCUUUUGUUAGAGUUUGGAGCCAAUCCAAAUUCUCGCAACUCGCGAGAGGGAUAUAUUACGCCUUUGCACGCUCUUUCGCAAGACUCCAUGUUCGCUCCACCAGGGAUACUCGAAAGAACAAACCAAAGCGCCGAUUUCCUUGGCAGACGAUGGCACAAGGACGAAGACGACCGGACAGAGCUCAUGCAACGGAGAUCUUUGAUAAUACAUCUCCUCUUGAAAUACGACGCGGAUCCGGCAGCUUGUUGUAUUGAUGGAUUCACACCAUUAAUGAUGUCUAUGAUCAGUCCAGUUCCGGAUUCGGACUCGGUUUUUGCAUUGCUAGUCCAGGGCGGAAUAUCGCUCAAUGAUCGCACAACACGCGGCGAGACUAUUUUGCAUGUUGCAGCGCGGAUGAAAGAUGUCUCUUGGCUUCGACGGAUUUUAUCUAUUGCAGGGCCGAAGCUGAUCAAUUGCCGGGACAAUACACUCUCAACUCCAUUAUUCCUCGCAGCGCAGGAUGGAGAUGCCCCGGAGGCGGUUGAUGUUCUCCUUUCCAAUGGCUCUCACGUCGGUAUUCGGGGAAUACUGAACCUCUCCACCCUUGACAUUGCGCUCUUGGAAGGGAACAAGCGCAGUCUCAAUGUUCUUUUAGACCAUGUAGCAAAGCUUCCAACCGCCGAGCGGCGCCGGUUACUCACUACCAGAGAUACUUGGGGAAGGACCGGGAUUCACAUCUGUCUAGCCUCGGAUGACUAUGAACUGGCAUGCACUUACCUUCGCCGAGUUCUCAGACUGGAACGGUACUUCUCAUAUCGUUUACUCACGUCUCGCGAUUACUCCAACGCCACACCCAUCGAUUAUGCCCGCAAAGUUGGAAAUGAAGCAGCCUUAAGGACAAUUAUAGAUCAUUUUAUCCCGAGCAGGCUUGGCCCUGUCAGAUUGUCAAUUCUGUCUCCAUGGCUGAAUCCAGAAUUUGCCCCAGACCAAGAUCUGAUGUUGUCUUCAUUAAAGGUAUAUCAAUCGUUGCAAAAGAUCUUGAAUGAACCAAGUCACGAAGAAAUUGCCAGCUGCUAUGAUGCACCUGAGUUCAGUCACCCAGAAAUGAAAUUGACAGUUGUAGAGGAAGAAUGGGAAAAUUUCCUCGAAGAGUGUCAGCGAGAGGAUGGAAUCAAAAGCAAAAAGGUCAUCCAAUGCAUGAACUACCUCGGCACAGCAACAGAAAGGCAUGGGCGAUUGAAAAAAGCCCAAGAUCUUUAUUUUAGAGGAUGGACAAUUGCGCGUGCGCUGUUGGGCGACCAGAGCGUUUACACUCAAGAUUUUGCGUGCAAAUUCCUUCGUGUCGCCAAGGACAGGGGAGUUGAAGAAUCUGUCAGCGCAGACAUAGCAAAGUGGCAUAAGCUUCACGGACGCAAUACUUUGAAACCAAGUCAUUUCGAGUUCUGCCAUAGCGCCGAGGACGCGGAAGAAAUAGCUUCUAACCUCAAGGUUGAUGACAUCCUGAAUAAGUUUUCACGACAAUGCGACCGGCGGAAAUGUGGCAAGAGGGCCAAAUUUACGUGUCCAGUUCAACACCACUUAGCUUGCAUACUUGCUGAGCCCAUUGCAUCUUCUCUGGCACUUAAAUUCAUUCCUCAAAGCCCUGUGCAUAGUUCGAUCCGCUCCUUUUCGCAGCAAAUAUGGGACAGGUUUCGGGAAAGCUGUCCACAUGCCCCGGGUGUUUUACCGCCACUGAAAAAGUUCUUCAUCAUCGCCCUGGACGCUGAGGAGCAACUUGCAACCCCUGUCCACGCCCCGUUAGAGCAGAAUACCCUCCUGUACUGGAGAGAGUCGGCGCACGAGGUUCGGGUGCUCCUCGGAUAA